UCUAGGCCAAGCUCCCCACUGACUGCAGCAGAGGAGGGUGAUGGCCGCCUUCCCCAGCCCCUGCCUCGGGGGGUGUCUGCUCACCCUCCUGCUUCUGCAUCUGCGCGGGCUGCACGCAGGUCCGGUGGACGCAGCUCCCUUCGACGUGGCGGGGCCCGCGGAGCCGGUCCUGGCGCUGGUGGGCGCGGACGCGGAGCUGCCCUGCCACCUGCCCGCGAACCUGAGCGCCGCGCCCCUGGAGAUGCGGUGGCUGCGGGAGCCGGAGGCCCUGGCGUUGCUGGUGCACCGGGCCGGGCGCGCGCAGGACGCCGAGCAGCUGGCCCGGUACCGGGGCCGAGCCGAGCUGGUGCUGGACGGCCUGGCCCAGGGCCGCGUGGCGCUCCGGAUCCGCGGGGUCCAGGCCUCGGACGACGGCGAGUACCGCUGCUCCUUCCGGCGGGAGGACGGCCCAGGCCACGGAGAGGCCCGCCUGCGCCUGCGGGUGGCCGCGCUGGGCUCUGAUCCUCACAUCCACAUGGACCUUCAAGACAACGGGGAGACCCGGCUGGAGUGCACCUCGCUGGGGUGGUACCCGGAGCCCCGGGUGCAGUGGAGGACACCCACGGGAGAGGAGUUCUCCUCCACGUCAGAGUCCAGGGAUCCCGACGAAGAAGGACUGUUCACCGUGGUGGCUUCCGUGACCAUCAGGGACCCCUCCAUGAAGAACGUGUCCUGCUGCAUCCAGAACCUCCUCCUCGGCCAGGAGAAGGAAGUAGGCAUUUUCAUACCAGCUCCUUUCUUCCCAAGGCUGACUCCCUGGGUGGUGGCUGUGGCUGUCAUAUUAGUGGUCCUAGGAGUUCUGACCAUCGGGUCCAUAUUUUUCACCUGGAGACUAUACAAGGAAAGGUCCAGGCGGAGGAAGGAUGAAUUCAGCUCUACAGAGAAACUCCUAAAAGAGCUCAAGUGGAAGAAAGCUACACUGCAUGCAGUUGAUGUGACUCUGGACCCGGACACCGCCCACCCCCACCUCUUUCUGCACGAGGAUUCCAAGUCUAUGCGGCUGGAAGAUGAACGUCAGAAACUGCCCGAGAAGCCGGAGAGAUUUGACUCCUGGCCUUGCGUGUUGGGGCGGGAGGCCUUCACCUCCGGGAGGCAUUACUGGGAGGUGGAGGUGGGGGAUAGGACCGACUGGGCCAUCGGGGUCUGCAGGGAGGACGUGAUGAAGAAAGGAUUUGACCCCAUGACUCCCAAGAAUGGGUUCUGGGCUGUGGAGCUGUAUGGAAACGGGUACUGGGCUCUCACCCCGCUGCGCACCCCUCUCCCCCUGGCAGGACCUCCCCGUCGGGUUGGGAUUUUCCUGGACUAUGACUCAGGAGACGUUGCCUUCUACAACAUGAUGGACGGGUCCCACAUCUACACGUUCUCCAAGGCCUCUUUCUCUGGCCCCCUCCGACCCUUCUUCUGCUUGUGGUCCUCUGGCAAAAAGCCCCUGACCAUCUGCCCGGUCACAGAUGGGCUGGAGGAAGUCACGGUAGAGGCUGAUGCCAGGGACCCCUCCAAGGAGAUUCCACUGUCCCCCUUGGGGGAGGAUGCUGCCUCUGGGGACACAGACACAUUUCAUUCUAAACUCAUCUGUACCCAGGCCAACCAAGGGGCACCUUAGGGAUGAGCCCAGCUUAGCUGCUUCCCUUUGCUCUCACCCCUCUCUGCCACCCUCACCCCUCAGGCUUCACCCAGCUCCGUGGCUUCCUGUUGGAUAGGGAUUAGUCUUGGGAAGGUUGUGUGGCUGCUGCUAGAGAAUGUGGGGUGUGGGACCUUUCUAAUCUGUUUCUGUACCAAUAGUCAGGGUCCAGGGAGGUGACUCUUUAACGACAUCUGUUCUCCUACCCCUGGAGGCCACAUCCUAAAGGGAAGGACUUGAAAUAAACUCAACAGACAGCUCAGGGAUCGAGAUGGGGUCAGGUUAGAUGGUCAUGGGGUGAUGACAACCAUCCUGGUGUCCAGAGGAGGGGUAUGUGAAGGAACAGGCAAGCAGAAACUCCAAAGGAUUCUGGGAACAGAAGACCCGAGGCUAACACCCCAUCAAGGAACCUGGAGGGGACAUUGGGAUGGAGGAAAGUGACCGUAGGCCAGGGAUGACCAUCUGGCCUGCCCCUACAAUGUCAGGGCCUGUAUCUCAAAUACCUAAGCUUGUCCUACAGGGCGGAGGAAACGGGCCCUGCUGCUAUGGAGUCUGAGCGAUUGGAGGGGGGAGUAGAGGAGAGACACCAGGAGCAGGGCCAGGGUGUCGGACAGGAGGUGGACAGGGAGGAGGAUGUUAGACAGUUGUGUGCACAGCAGUGUCUCAGACCCCGUUCCUCUCCGCACUGACCUGCUGCUCCCUUGCCUGGGGGCCAUUCCACCCUCACGCUGUGGGCCCCAUCGUUUCUGCUUCUCCUCCUUAUGAUCUGGACUCUCUCCCACUCAGAGGCAGUUCCAGGAAUCGUCCUUCAGGGAUAUCACCACUUCGUCAGCCGCUAUCUCAGCCUUGUGCCCCCUCAGCCGUCAUCCCAAUGUCCUGUGUAACCCCUCACACACCCCUUCCCUGAGCAUCAACUGCUCCCUUUUUCCAAACCGUGGCCUGUGCGCUCUCUCCCCACACAGCCUCCCUCCCACGCCCUUCUCCUUGGGUCCCCUGAUUGCGGUGUCCCUGCUCAGCACAGCGAGCCCGACUGCUCCUGUCUGUCUUCACAUUUCCCUUAUGCCCCAGGCUCCUCUGGUCAACAGGCUGCACGUUUGUCCACGCUCACAUCUCCUACUCGGAUUGUACUUUCCCUGCGUUCAGCAUCAAUGUCGCCCGUGGUCUUAACCUAAUAAAUA